AUGUCUCGUCUCCACAACCGCAGCAAUCGUGGUCGCCAGCCGAUGGUGGCUGCGCCAAAAUUCCCCAAUCUCAAGCAACGUCUCGUCGAUGCCUACCAAGCUCCCAAUGCAAAGAAGAACAAACCCACUCGCAAGUAUGCGGUGACCAACAAGAAACGCCAGCGAGCUGCAAGCACAUCUUCCGAGUCGUCAUUGACCGAUCUCGGAACCGAGACGGGAGAUGAGGCUUCGGAUGAGGAAAGCGACGAAGAGGAGGCUGAUGAUGAAGAUGAUCUGCCAGCGGUCUCGGCCCCGUCUCGUUCUCGCACACUGAACGGGGCGGGGCGCACUUUUCAAUCUCUUGGACGGGAUGACGUUUCUGUUGCUGCAAGCGUCGACAGCAUGUUUGGUGAUUUUGCAGACUAUUAUGAAGAAGACGACGACCCCACACUUUCACCCGAGGAAAACCGUAAACGCUUCGAACACCAGGUGUUUGAUGAAUCCGAUGAGGAAAAUGACAUUUAUCAAGCGGUCGACGACAUCAGCGACUCUGAUGGUGAAAUGGACGAGGGCCGCCUUGAAGAACAAGAGCUGCUCGCCAUGUUGUCGGAAGAAGGCAAUAGUGAUGCAGACUUCCUUUUGAACCAGAUUGAUGGUUUGUCUGCAUAUGGCUUCGGUGAUGACAGCGAUGCCAGCAUUCAGCGCUACCCGUCAUCACAGAGUGAGAGCGGUGAUACAGGCGUCGAGCGUCAUGUGCAUUUCGCCGUAGACAAUGACCCUAGCUUGUUUUUGACGCGUAUGUCGGAGUCUCCGACCAUGACUCGUGCAUUGCUUCCUUCGGCACUUCCGGAAUCUGGUGCUCCCAGCCAGAUCCCAGAGAGGCGAUUCAUUGGUUUGGCCGACGACGAUGAUUCCGACUUGACUGAUGAUUGUCUGCCAAAGCAAGCUCAUCAACCGAAAAAGCACGAUGUUGAUUCCAAAAAGGGAUCUUCGCCAUCCACUUCUCCUUCAGCCAAGAAGGCGUCCAAGAAGACGCCUCGUCGUCGGGGGCCGCCUCGUGGUAUUUUCAUUGACGAUGGCAACAAGACCUCCGGCAUUCUCGAUUCUUCGGGAAAGAUCAUUCUCAUGACCAAUCCACAUUUGCUAGGUGAAGAAUUCGCUCGUCGUUACGGAGCUUCCCAGACAUCGAGCCCAGACAUUGGCUUUGCUGAACUCAUCGAAGAUAGUGAUGUCGGUGAUGCUGACGCAGCCAAUGCUGGAGUUCUUGGAGCUCCAAGUGCUGACAUUAUGCUGGCGAGUCUCAACUCUGCCAUCAACGACCCCGCCAACCUUGGUCAGGCUAUUGGGCCUCUUGAAGCAUUCUAUCCCAACCCAAGCUUCGUCUUUGGUGACUUCGCCAUCGAUCCAGAUGAUUUGGAGGAGAACUUUCGUCCCAUUGUGGAGUCUGGAGAAGACGUGAUGGAUCUUCACGAUGUGAUCAAGUUUGACGACGAAACGGAUGACAGUGAUGCGCCGACUUCACCAGCUUUCAUACCUCCCAAACUCGAGCUCUCUGCUUCGGGUGAGGUCAGAAGCCAGUCAUCACCAUUCAACAGCAAGAACAUCAUGGCAUUCCGACGUGAUGCCGAAGCCAAAUUUGCCGUGCUUGACAACACCCCCAAGCUGCGAAGUCAUGUUGAAUUGUUCAACUCACCAUUUGCAACCCCAACCCCAAACAGGCGAAAGCGCAAGAAUCACGCGUCUCCCUACACUUCGUCGCACUACAAGGGCGUGACCCCAGUGCAACGGAUGUGGGAUCCUACCCAACCUCAAACUCCCGAAGCAUCGACUCCCACUGCUUCUUCAAAACGGCGCCGGGUAAUGAUUUGA